ACGUGCUUGUAAACAUUAAUUUGUGGCGCUUAAUGAAAUACGGAAGCGGUAGCCACCGGUUCCUUAGUUUACCUUUUGCUAACUGUGUGUCGAUGCAUUCGGCUACAUCGCAUUUUGACGUUUCCUACAAUGUGAGGAAAAACACACUUAUGGGCGUAUGAGCUCAUGUCUUAAAGGUGGACUUGUAUGGCGGAGAAGAACAGGUGUGUUUAGUCGUGACUCAUUUGAAAGAAAACAAGAUGUCACCAUGAGCUGACGACUUCCAGGGUAUCCCUUCUUCGCUCGGUGACACAUAGGAACAGCCCUGAGGUCAUCUACUAAAAAUAACAUACAUGUAGAAGAGGGGGGGGGGGGUCAGAGUGGAGGUAUAUUAGGACGAGAAGACGGGACACAACUCAGAAGAAGCUUCAGAGAAUCCACUCGACGUGAUCUCCAUGGCGCGACACGCGGCUUUAAGCAGCCUUUUUGGCGACGACCCUUUCUUCAGCCAGGGGACGCUACUGUGGCCCUUCUCCUCUUUGGGUCAAGACCUCCUGGGGCGCAAAGUCCAUUUGGCAGAUGAUUUCUUCUUUAAGGAUGGGCCUUCGCUUGUGAAUUUACCCCUCAUGGCGUCCGCUUUCAACAGGCGAAGCAGCGAAGACAAGGCUGAAGACGAGUCAAGACAGACGGCCGUCUCCGAGAGACCCAGUCAAGCCCAGCAAGCGCCCGCUACACACGAUGACCUCCUGGUGACCCUUGACGCUCGCGGAUAUGCCCCCGGCGACAUCACCGUCAAAUUAGAAGGGCGGAGCCUGUUGGUAGCGGCCACCAAGCAGGCAGGGGCGCAGGAGGCCCACUCCUGCGCAUCCUCUUCAUCCCGCGCCUCCUUCGCUUGCUCAUCUUCGGCCUCCGUGGGAUUCAAACAGAAAAUUGAGCUCUCGCCUCACUUAGAUUUAGCCGGGCUGUCUUGCUCGCUUAUGGAUGACGGACAGCUGCGGAUUCACGCCCCCGUGGCCAAGCAGCCAAUCACAGAGGAAUGUAGAGAACCACCGCAGGAGGAACACAAAGAGCCACUACAGGAGGAACAGAGAAUGCCCCUGGAACAGGAAGAGGAACCUCCUCGAUUCACGACUUCCUUGGAAUUCCCCAUCACUAAGGAGAACACUGACUAGUUCACACAAAAAAACACACAAUUUUCUCAUUUGUAAAUGAUUGUACUGUAAUAAGUGGAUUAUAUUUGUACAGUUAAAAAUUUAAAAAUAUGAUUUUUAAACCAAUAAUGUGUGAGAAUCCCUUCUUUAAAGUGAAUUAGGACACAAGUUGUGACUUUGGACCGGGAAACGUUUGUCAUGAAACACAGCUAAUGUUAACAGCAUGUAGGCUGCAUUUAUAAAUAUGUCCACUAGAGGCCGCCCCUGCACUCAUUCAUUUAUUUUCUACCGCUUAUCCUCACGAUGGUCAGGGGAGCCUAUCCCAGCUGUCUGCAUUAGUGUUUUCAUUCUCAAAUACAUCAUGUUAAUACACUUUAUUACCUUAAAC